AUGACCAGAAUACUAAGCCGGGCGGCUCGGCCGUGCCUGCGACGGCUCAGCGUAGAAGCGACACACGUGCGAGGGGCUUUUGCUCACAACUUCUCGACAUCAGAUGCCCAACAUGCAUCGCCUGGCCUACGAGCCGCCCCCGAAGGCGCCCAGCCGCCAAUUGAUUUCGCUCCCGUGACGAAACCGCCCAGCGCUCGACCAAUUGAUACCCGAAAGAGUCAGAUGAUCCGAACCUACACUUCACUCCUCCGCACCACGCCCCUCAUCCUGUUUUUCCAGCAUAGCAAUCUCACAGCAGUGGAAUGGGCUGCCGUAAGGAGAGAGUUGAAAAAGGCCCUGGACGGAGUUGCACCAGUCACCGCCGCCCCAGGUGCCGAACCUCUGGACUUGUCUCCGAGAGUACAGCUGCAAGUGUUGAGGACCAACAUGCUGAACGUGGCACUGAAGCUGGUGGAAUUCUACAAUCCCGAGGUCGCGGCCUCAUCGACAUCUACAAGACGAACAUCCAAGGGCCCCAUUGUUCACGACCUGUCCGAGGCCGCUUAUGAACAAGUCAAGAAGGCUGAAAUCUCACCCGAGUCCGCCUAUGCCCAGAUCGAGCCUCUCAUGGUUGGCCCCUUGGCCGGCCUCAUUAUUCCCGCCGUGUCUCCAGCGCACGUCGCAGCGGCACUGAGCGUCCUCGCUCCGGUCCCCGGAAAAUUCCCUGCGCCUACGCGAAAGAAGAACCCCGGAUACUACGAUCCCAUUUUCCAGAACGGCCUGGCGAAGCUGAUGCUGAUAGGAGGGCGCAUCGAAGGCAAAGUCUUUGACCAGGCUGGUGUCCACUGGGUCGGUGGUAUCGCAGGCGGCAUUGACGGUCUCCGCGCCCAGCUCGUGGCUAUUCUGCAGGGCGCCGGUUUGGGCAUCACAUCUACACUGGAGGGUGGUAGCCGCAGCCUGUGGCUGGCUUUGGAGGGACGAAAGGAGCAGUUGGAGGGAGAGUCAAAAGGAGAGGCGCCUGCGUCUUCUUAG